AUGAUUCAGAAAAUACAUCGUAGUGGAAAGUGGAGAAUUAGCAAAGAACAYCUCAAAAGAUGUYUUCCAAGUGUAUAUUAUUAUCUGUUCUAUGGAGCGCURGGAUCAUUGUUCCCSUUYCUCAACAUCUACUAUCGAUCUGUGGGUUUGAAUCCAUGGCAAAUAGGCUUAUUAGGAGGACUGCGACCAUUAGUCGCAUUAUUUAGUGGAACUUUUUGGUGCCUCGCGUCAAACCGUUAUAAAAUUCGAAAAUCUUUGCUGUUGGUUUCGCUAAUUGGUUGGAUUGUGUUCACUACACCGAUCGGAUUUGUCAGUCACGGACACGACGGAUCUUGCCUCCAGGUCGAAAAACCCUUAUUGAACACUUCAAGACAAAAUACAACACGCUUUUUGAAUGAUACUUUGAAAAAGGAGUUCAAGAGAGAUACACCUUACUAUUGGAUUACACCGAAUGAAAUCAAAUCCAGCCACACCGAAGUAAAAGCAGACAUUUCCGGGCAGGAUAAUGAAGAGUAUUUGAGUACAAGUUCUCAAAAAAGGCGAGAGAAGAGAUCUGCGUCAUCGAUGACAUCAAAGAAAAACGAAAGAUCUGUUUCAAUUGGAAAACCACUGCCUAAUAGUUUUGGUCUGAUGGGAUUAACUUUYCAUAACAAACCGUACAAAAACGUCCGUAAACCUUACGAUUUCAAGUCACGUGGCACUCCUUAUGUCAACAGCAGAGCGAAUCCUUACGCUACUUCAAUUUUCAUUGAGUUCUUCUUCCUAGUAUUACUAGGAGAAUUCUUUCAAGCUCCAACAGACGACGUGAAUAUUCACCAUGUCGGAACAUUCUUGGAGCCUAUGGGUGUCCUCUUCGAAAAGUUACCCAAAAGCGGUAUCUACAGUUCUGUAGGUGUGGGGGUCYUGGCGUUGAUUUCUGGGGCMUUUCUUGACUUUAGUCCAAAAUACGUCAUAUGUGGCAAGGAAUACGGUGAUUAUMGAAUUGCCUUCUCAAUUUUCACAGUUUUAAUGAUAUCAGCAUUUUUUGUUUCAUUGCAUUUUUCGUUCAAACGAACGARGGCAAAAAGUUUURAYRUUUUUCAGUCACUUAGGGAGCUCUGCGUGCAGAGACACAUGGGAUUUUUKGGGGUAGUUUUUSUAAUGGGGACAUAUCGGGGUGUUUUAUCUAACUUUCUUUAUUGGAACAUCAUAGAAAUUGGAGGUUCUGAGCUAAACGUAGGUAUAACAGUCAUCUGUCAGAAUAUUUCUGAUUCAGUUCUGGCUCUAUCGGCUCCUAUUUUAAUGAAAUACGUAGGAUAUAUCGGUAUGGUUUUCAGUGGACUCGCAUCUUAUGCAAUGCGAUUUCUUCUUUUCUCGUCGCUGGCUACUCCAACGUCUGCUUGGGCUAUCCCAUCUGUGGAACUCCUACAGGGGUUUUCGCACUCUACGGCAUGGUCAGCAUUUAUCCUGUACAUCAUUAAUUACACACCGAGGUCAACAUACCCGGUGGGUAUAUUUAUCGUCCAGGGGGUCUACCUGGGUAUUGGAACAACAYUGGGCGCCAUAUUGAGCGGAAUUUUGAUUGAAAGACUGGAAACAAAUGUAGCAUUUCGUAUUUUUGGUUUGACAAGCAUUCUUUCUUGUCUUAUAUUUACUCUUGCGCAACCUACUGGUGCCGUGGAAAUACUCCCUGGGGAUAUUGAGCCCACGUCCAACUUUAGUGAUGAAGAUGAAUAUUCAAGUUUGAGCGAAGAAGAGCUUUUAUUUGAUUACAAGAAAAGAAAUGUCAUUUACAUACCCCCUAAAGAUGAUGAUGAAGCAAAGUUUGUAUUACCCUCCACUAGUGCUCCACUUGUUCCUACGUUUAUGACCUAUGUCAACAAAAGAGAUGAAACGCCAUGA